CUGACGCCAGUGACCAGGCAGUGGGAGCAGUCUUGACGCAAGACCAGGGGAAUGGACUACAACCAAUUGCCUACCUCAGCAAGAAACUGCACGGGGCAGAACAAAAUUACCUGAUACAUGACAAAGAGGUCCUUGCUAUUGUCAUCACCUUCAAAACGUGGAGAUGUUAUCUUGAAGGACGAAAAACAACCGUCUAUACCGACCACUGCAACCUGAAAUAUUUGAAGACACAGCCAGACCUUUUCAGGCGGCAGGUUCUGUGGAUUGACUACCUUGAGACGCCCUUCCAAUACGACAUCGUGUAUAAGCCCGGCCACAAAAACAAAGCAGACGCUCUCAGCCGGCCUGCACAGGUUGCCGCUAUCCAGGUAAGGGAUGGAUCAGCUACUCUAGGGACUCUUCACACACGGCAUCCUUGGUUCAAGUGCUUCAGCAGGCCGGAGGGAUGGGCACCUCCAGGCAUGAAGCCACCCAGUGGUGAACGCGCACAAGGUGGCGCUGUGCAAGAUGAAGGUGCACAAGGUAACGCCUAUCCUGGGAUGUAUCUCAUGGUUGAGGAUGUGCAUGGGCAUGAGGGUGAUGUGGGAUCUGUCGGAAAGGUUGUGAUGCACCCUCUCACGCACUGGGUGAUUGAUUCGGGUUGCACCAGUCACAUGACCCCACGGGCAGAUUUGCUUGAUGAGGUCGCCCUUGUGAAGAACAGGGUGCUGGCUACAGUUGGAGAUAAGGAGUGGAUCCCAUAUAUCAAGUGGUAUGGGAGUGCUCCAGCUGUGAACAUGCUGAGGGCAUUUGGGUGCAUGGUAGUGUUUCAUGUGCCUAAGGAGAAAAGAGGGAAGUUGGAGGCUUCUGGAAGAUGGGGUGUGCACUUGGGGAUUGCAAAGGAUCACAAGGGGUGGCUGCUAUGGGACUUGACCACCCAGAAGUUGACAGUGUCAAGGGAUGUGAAGUUUCUUGAGUCCCUGUACUACAAGGAAUGGAAGCAGCAGCAACAGAAGCUUCCAUCUACACCGCUCAUUGUGGAGGCAGAUGAGUUCACCUAGACUCUGUCCUUAAUCCUAAC